ACGGCAGGAGACCCAGGUGCACGAAACAGACGACAGAAAGCAAUAGGAGAAGACUUGUGAUCUUCAGCUGUUCCAAUUUCUCGGAGUCGCUCGGCGCAAAGCAGAACGACGACAAACAACAACCAGAGUUGAGGAAAGUACGAUUGCUACAGGAGGAAAGGCCCGCAGAAUUGUGCAAUAAAUAUAGAUAGGACAAAAGAAUGAAGAAGAUCCUGGGAGGCAAAUGGUGGCCGUCGAAUUCUGGCAUCGUUCCGAUUAUCUCGUGGUCAAAUUGUGCAUCUGGGUCAGAAAUCCUAUGCAAGGGAUUUCAAAGCAAAAUUCAUGAACGACUCUUCGACAACAUCCUGAGCGAAAGCACUGAUCUUGCAAUAAUCCUCUAUGGUUUCAUCUCGCAGUGAUCAAAUGCUUCGGAUCUUACCCAAUCAAAGCACGAACCGAAGUGGCUGGAUGACAUUCAGGGGCACACGUGACCUGCCUCGAUUUGAGGCUUCGAGGCUUCCACAUUUCGGACAGGGGCGUCCUAUAUCGUCAGAUCUUUGUGGAAUACCACGGAAGAAAAUUCUGCCAGCCUCUGGACGAACUACCUUUUUGAUCCUCCCAUCAAUUGCGCAAGUCUUUGUCCCCUUCAGAAUACAUCAAUCAACCACCCCCAUCGAGCAGAAGAUCUUCAGAGAACGUGCCAAGCUUGCCUUAUUACCCAAGCUAUUCAGCGAUUACUACUACGGCCCGAGUCCUUCUCGUCCCACCGAAAUGUCCUCGAGUUCAGGAACACCCUCGACAUUGGAACAAGAAACAAUCUUGCCACCGUCUGGAACGCAAUCGUCAUGCAAGCAUAUACGACCAAAUGCUGAUCGCAGCAGUCUCCGAGCGCAACAGAUCUUGUUGAACGGGACUUGAUGACUUCGCACGCCUAACAACUUCUGCUCCCUUGGUCUCCACCUUCCGACCUCCUCCAAAACAAAUACGACAGAGAGAUCUUGAUGAAAUGACUAGCGCAACAGUGAUGCACCAACAAUAUGUC